ACCGAAGCGCGGGCCUGCGUUCCCCACCGGGCGGGUGCGGCGCUGCGCGGCCCCGGUCGCGGCCCCGGCUUGGCGGGGAGCUGCAGCCUCGGCCCGGUUGGGACUCGCCGCCCCGCGGGGGCUGGGGGGCCGCAUGGCGAAGCAGGGCCCCGCGGAGCCCGAGGCCCGCAGGACGGGCAGGAGGAGGAAGAGGAAGGCCCGGCGCGGCCGUGGGGAAGCGGCGGCGGGGCCCGCGCCACAAGGCCCCGGCAUGGCGGCGGCCCCCCCCCGCAGCCCCCGGGAGUUCUCCUCCAACUGGAAGGCGCUGCAGGAGCUACUCAAGCAAAAGGCAAAUAGCGCUAAUGAGUCUCUUUCUGCGUGUCAAACAUUCACGACAAAGCACCCAGUCAAAGUGGGAAAUGGCCAGGGAGUCCCAGCUGUGAAUGGGAAUGGGAAUGUGGUGAAGGCCAAAUCCACACAUAAAACAGGCAAUGGUUCUGCUAAAGACAGCCCUCCUCUGGCUAAGGAAAAAUCCAAGAGCGUUGCAGUGGAUGAGAAAUUAAAUAGUACCAAAAGCGGUGGAAAAGGCUGCAAAGAAAAAAAGAAAAAUGGCAGUAUUUUAAAGGAGAAAGGUAAUAUAAAACAUAAGAGGAGGAAAGCUGAAGAACACGCAGAGGAGCAACCCAAAGAGGCUGAAAUCUGGUUUGAUGACGUUGAUCCAAACGAUAUUGAAGCAGCAAUAGGACCUGAAGCAGCAAAAAUUGCUAGAAGAAAUCUGGGACUUGAAACAGGCCAACCCAAACAGUCUGCGGAGCAGGUGCUGGUUAAAGAAAAGGCUUCUGAAGGGCUGACACGAGCUGUAGCCAUGGACUGUGAGAUGGUGGGAGUGGGACCAAAGGGUGAAGACAGUAUUGUGGCUCGUGUGUCCAUCGUGAAUCAAUUUGGAAAGUGCGUUUAUGACAAGUAUGUCAAGCCUACAGAAGAGGUGACUGAUUACAGAACAGCUGUUAGUGGCAUACGCCCUGAGAACAUAAAUACAGGUGAAGAUUUUAAAACAGUUCAGAAGGAGGUCGCCAACAUCUUAAAUGGGAGGAUUUUAGUUGGACAUGCUUUACGCAAUGAUUUAAAGGUCCUAUUUCUUGAUCACCCUCAGAAGAAGAUACGUGACACACAAAAAUACAAGCCUUUCAGACAGAGAGUCAAGAACGGGCGGCCAUCAUUGAAACUGCUCUGUGAGAGACUGUUGAAUGUUCAAGUGCAGACAUCGGAGCACUGCUCAAUUCAGGAUGCACAAGCAGCUAUGAGACUGUACACCUUAGAGAAAAAGAAAUGGGAAGCUGCUGUUAAGAACAAAUCUAACAACAAAAAUUGUAAAACUUGAAUGAUUCUACCCUGUGUUUUUAUCUGCAGCAUUUGCUGGUUUUGUGUCACAUUCCAGGGCAAAUCUAGAAAGAACUCAGAACGGACAGCAGCUACUUCAUAAACACCAAUCAAAAGGCAAUACAUCUAACCUGGUACCUGAAUGUUGCCACACAAGAAUACUGCUAGUAUCCCCUUUCUGGAUGGUACCUAUGCCUAAUGCCUACUAUUGUCUUUAAACAAUACUCAUAACAAAUGCCUGCAUUUGUUAAGUACUUCAUCAGUUAAAUUUCCGCAAAGGAAAUAUACACUGAAUAAGUGUUUUUUUUUAAAAAAAAAAGGUGGUUUUAAAUUACACUAGAUGAAGGAAGAAACUGUUAUUGGUUUGCUGAAACUCCCAAGACUAAAAAUCUUUAUUUCAGAUACUUAAAAGUCUACAAAGUAAAGUGAAUUCUUAUUUACUGCUGUUAGUCUCACAGUUGUGAUACCUAAGUGAGCAGAAUAUAUAACUGUUUAUAUAUUAUUAAUAGCCCAAUAUUAAUCUUUCUGGUGAGAAAAAUCCUUUACGGUAUUUCUGAAGGAUCCAAGCUUUUUUAUCUGAACCAGAAGUGUACAAAUCUUGUUCUUGUACAAAAAAAUUCUUUUACUUCUGCAGUUUCAGAAGCGUUGCAUCCACAAGGGUCAUUAUCUCCUGGAGAGAAAUGUGAGAAUUGUCAAAUAAAAGGUUACCUUGUUGCUUCACUUAUUUUUAUAUUCUUUUAUUAAUAAAAACACUGUAUCUAACAUAGGUCUUUAAAGUGGCUGGUGUUUUAAACCUUUGUGGGGUCUGAUUCUGCAAAAUCCAAAGGAGCUAUCAUUACCAGACUGAAUACUAAAGCUAUGAUUUAAAUAAUCUAAAUGGAUACUGGAAGGUUACAAGGAAUGUGUUUUGGAGAUUUAGCAGUUGCAUGUCACAUGCUCUAUUGCUAGAAUGAGAGUGUUCUGGUCUGUCUGUGCUGUCAGUGGGACAUGAGGAACGAUGAAUAAGGUUUACAACGGAAGAGGGAGCUUUCUUCUUUCAUGAUUUUUCUGCAUUACCUUUGAGCUGCAGCGUUCAUUAAAACAGCACAGGCAAUGCAUGCAGGAGACACAGGAGAGCAAGUCUGCAUUUAACUGUCUUUAAGACAAGUUAUGUAAACAGCCUUACGUGUAACUAAAGAGCAAUGUUAUAAGACUAACCAGUUCUGUUGGCUCGAUGAACAAACUUCUAAUUACUAGUUUCUUGACAGCAAGCUGUUGCAAAGGUAAUACUAGUGUAACACAAUAAAUAGCUUGAAUAAC